AUGUUCUCCCCUACUCAGUUUGCAGGCAAAGUCAUUGCCCUCACGGGUGCAGCAUCAGGUAUUGGCCUGGCAACAUCUCACCUCUUGGCUGGCCGCGGUGCCCGUCUGGCCCUUGCUGAUGUGCAUGAAAAAGGUCUUCUAGAGGCUAGAAACGCUAUUUUAGAGGCUCAUCCGAAUUCAGAGCUUUCCAUCACUGUUCUCGACGUUCGUGACUGUGAUGCCGUCGAAAGAUGGACGACAAAUACCGCCUCGCACUUCAGUCGACUUGACGGGGCCGCCAACCUCGCUGGUGUAAUACCGAAGUCAAUCGGAAUCAAACCUCUUUCAGAACAGGACCUUGAGGAAUGGGACUUUGUCCAGGGCGUCAACCUGACAGGUGUGAUGCAUUGUCUCCGGGCGCAGCUGAAGACCAUUAGCGACGGUGGGUCCAUUGUCAACGCGAGUAGCAUCGCCGGCUUGACAGGCAGAGCAAACAAUGCAGCCUACACAGCAAGCAAGCAUGCUGUAGUGGGGCUGACAAGAAGUGCGGCGAAAGAGGUCGGCGCGAGGCAAGGGUCGCAUCGACACGCCCAUGCUGAGGAGCGCGAACUCAGGCCCUGUAGGACCUGA